AUGAAGAAGAAUGGAUUGUGGGGAGCAUCCUUCGGAGUUCUUAUCCUUCUUAUGGGUGCAAGCUGGGAACAAGUUAUAAGCGAAUCGAAUAAGCAGCAGAAGGAAGAAACGAAUUCUUCUGUUAAUUAUUAUUGGGGUGGUAGAAAUGACUCAGGGUACCCUAGAAGGAAGAGGAAAAAUUUGCAAAAACAUAGUUUGUUCCCAGGAAAGGAGGAAUAUAGGAAGAGUAACACACCCAGCGGGAAAAGUGGAAAUGAAUCAGAGUUAUAUAGAAAGAAUUCACUUAUACAUGUAGGAGAUGGCACAUUUGGAAGGAAGCCAUCACGCUAUGCGUAUAUUAAACGUAACAAUGAAGACAAUUUUUAUAGAAAUGCUAGUAGUACUAAGGAUGCAAAUAAUAGGCUUAAUGGAAUAAUCAGUUCCUUUUUACAAAAUAUGAAAGCUCCUACGAUAGACAGAAUUUUAGAUUACUACGAAAUAGUGAAUAAUAAAGGGGAGUUAGUCUUUUCCUUAGAAUCAUACUAUGUGGACAUAUACACGUGCGAAGAAAUUGUGAAUUCUAUAAAGCGUAAGGGGUCAACGAAUUCUAGGGAUAAUCCUGGUGACGAGGAUCCGGAAAAAAAAGGAGAUAAAGAUAAUAACCAUAAUUCUGGGGACAAGGAAGAUUCCAUGAUAAAAAAAUUGUAUGAUAAUAUGGAACUGUUGAGGAUGUCUUGCUUUUCUAUAAAAUCUGAGUUACAAGGAAAAAUAAAUAGUUUAGAAUACGCACAGACAGAAGGUAACGAACAGGUUUCAGGAACAAGUAAUUCCAAAACAUACAAAUUAAUAGAAGAUGAAUAUGUAAAUUGCUUAAAGAAUAAUAGUGAAAAUGCUAAAAUGAUAAUAUCCAAUACUAUGAAAAGCAUCGAAGAAGAAUAUGGAAAAAUAUUUUGCCCUAAGGAGUGCAAUUCGGCUGUCUAUUUCGAAAACGCACGUUCGUACAUAUCGUACGUGAGUAAUAAUACCGAUGUUUGGUACAAUUCUAAUAUCAGCGAUGCGAAGGAAUUUUUAAAAUCUGCAAAAAGCAUUGUUAGUAUUAUUGAGAGAGAAAUGAGAUCAAGUAAUAUGCUAAGUUCUAUAAAGUUCCUACAAAAUGAAAUUAGUAACAUCAUAAAUAACUACAAUUAUCACUUCGAGAAUAUAAAGAAGGCUAUCAGCAAUAUAAAGAAGCAUGAAAAUUAUGAUAAACCUAGCAAUCUUGAUAAAAACACUUUGGUAGGGAAAAGUUUGGACUUGGCAAAAAAUAUGUCACUGUAUAAAUUUAACAAUGAGAUGUUCAAGAAGAUGAAAGAAUUGUACGAUUUUAAAAGUAAUAAAUUUAAGAGAAUAUUUACUUUCUUAGCAGACGCAUUAAAAGAUAAGAUUAACUUGUUUACUGAGUCGAUGAUAUAUGAGGAAAAGUACAACUCGAUAAUGGUAGACUGGAAGGUUAUCUGGGAAUAUGUAGUAGGUGAAUACAAUAAAAAUUUGAACGCUAUACAAAGUUACGAAGGGAAUGAAAAUGUAGAAGUUAUCAUAGUCAGAAAUAAGAUUAAGGAAAAGCUAGGAACGUUUAAAAGUAUGGCAGACGAGCUACAGGGCCUAUUUAAUAUAAUAGAAUUGAAGUAUGUAAUUAUCAAGUCAGAGAAAUCACUCGUUGAGGAACUGAAGAAUGACUUUAAAAAAGAUGAAAAGGGGGAGUACAAGUUCGAUGAUAUAAUAAAAUUAAUGGAACAAGUAAAUAGCAAAAUGAAUACAGUGCAGACAAGUUCCAAUAUUGUAAAUAGCACAUACAGCAACAUUAAAUCUAUAGAAUUAAAAAUACAGGACUUAGUUAGUUCUAUCUAUGAGCACAUGAACGAAAUAGAGGAUUUAAAGGUUAGGGGAUCAACUAAGAAUUAUAUUAGCGAUGAAAUGAAGUCGGAAAUGUUGUUUAUAAUGGAAAAUAUUAUCAAAUUAAAAGAAAUACUUUCCUUGGAAAAAAGAGCAGACGAAAAUAUUAAGGAAAUUGAUGAAUUAAUUAUGGGAACACCAUUAGAUAUGGAGAAAAUUAUAGAUAAAAAAAGUUACGCUUAUAAUAAUAUUAAAAUGAUUAUUAAGGAUAUAUAUAAAGACAAUUUGAAUAAAAUUGUACAAGAAAUAUCUCGAAAUAUGGGCAACUAUACAGAUUCUAUCGAUAACAGUAAUUCUGAGGACGAACUGGAUGAGGUGUUAAAAGGUAUAAAAGUUGAUUAUGAGAAAAUAAAAUCUAUGAAAUAUGAUGAUAUACCAGAAUCCGUGGAGAAUAUAACGAAUUUGCUAAAAAUUAUUUCAGACGCCAGAGAGGAAAUCUUAAAAAUAAAAUUCGGAGAAACUAAUAAAAAAUUAACAAAUUCAUUAGAGCAACUUAAGAGUGUUUACGAUAAAUUAAAAGUUAGCAUAGCAGAAUAUACUGCGGAAAAAAGGAAGAUUGAAGAAGACAAAGCGGUUAUACUAAAGAGGGAAGAAGAAUUUUUUGGCAAAGUUUAUGAUAAGGAUGAUGAUAUGUUAGAUGUAAAAGAUGCUUACACAAAUUUUCUGAAACAUAAGGAUAAUUUCUUCAAGAACAGAAACAAUGUGUUUGAAGAAUUCCAUACAACCAAAGAGGCCUUAAAAGUGGUAAGAAUUAAUUUUCUAUACUAUAUAAGUAUGCCGGAAAAAUAUAACAUCAUCUAUCAGAAAGAAAAUGAAAAUUAUAAGGAGUUAAUAAAAGAAAUUAACGACAAAUAUAUUGAUACGAAAUUGGAAGAAUACGAAUCAGACUUCAAGAGGAAUAACAAAUUAUGCGAUAGCAUCAUAAAAGAAGUAGACCAAUCAAAUAAAAAUUUGCAUAACCUGGAAAUUUUAAACAGGUCUAUUAAAGAAUGCACCAUUGAUAAGGAUAUGGUCGAAGAAUUAAUUAGGAAGAAUAAUUCACUAAAGGAAGAAAUUAUUUCCGAAAGGAAUGAAAUAGAAAAAGAUAAUUUCAUGGAACAAAAUGUAAAGAUAAAUUUAAUAGUAAAAUUAAACGACGCAAAUAUCACUCAGAGUAGAAAAUUAAAUGACAACAACUUGACGAACUUAAAGACACAAAUGAAGAACAUCGUCGAUUUUUACACACGCUCUAAGGAAAAAUAUAAAGAAUUAAACGAAACAGAGCUGAAGAAAAUAAAAGAAAAUGAUGAGUGGAAGAAAGCUAAGGAAUUGAUAUACACUCUUAAUGUCGAAUAUGAAAUAUUGAAAAAGCAAGCGGAUGAUCUCAUCAGCAGCAAGAACAGUGAAAUUAUAAAAUCGAUAAGUAACAGAAUAGUGGAAAAAGACAAAGAAAUAAAUGAACAAGUGGAGAAAGACGUAAAUUCUUUGGAUCAAAUUAUUGCAAAAUCUAAGUCGCCUAUUUUUGUCAGGGAUAUUAAUCACUACAAAAAUCAUCAGAAUAAAGAAAAGGCAAAUCAAAUUAAUGCGAAAGUGGAAGCUUUUGUUGUGAAGAUAGGAACAAGGAAGGAUACUUUGAACAAAAUUAAAGCAAAUUCUAAUCAAUACUUGGAAGAAGCAAAUGGAAAGAAGAAUGAAAAUAUAGAAUUUAAGGCCAAGGAAAAGGCCAUGAAAGAAUUGUACGAAAAAGUUAGAGACACAUCAGAAGAACUGAAUAAGACACUGAAGGAAAUACAUACCCUGAAGGAUUUACAAAAUAUAGAAUUAGAAUUUGAAAAGAGCGAAAUUCAUGAUAUGGUUAAUCAGAUUAUCAGUGAGGAGCAAAAGUCUGAGCAUGAAAUUGGAGAAAUCAAUUCAUAUAUAAAUACCAUAGAUGAAAUGAAGAAGGCAAAAUCGGCAGAAGAGCCUUUAGAUGCCCCUUUGUUCGUAUAUACUGAAUUUUAUGAAAAAGCGGUAAGCAGUCAUAAGAUUAUCAAAGGCCUUUUUAAGGAGGCUACCGAGUUAAAUGGCAAGUGUGAGAAUAACGAAAGUAUUAAAGAAGUAAAGGAAAUUAAAAAGAAGAUUGAUGGUUAUUUGAGAACUAUUUUAACAAAUAAUAUAAUUUUGCAUGAAGCAUUGGAGGAUAUUAAAAUUGUGAAGGAAAUGCUCCUUAAUAUGAAUAUUCCAGAAAUUGCGCGUCUUAUAGAGAAGUAUGCGGCAGAAGUGGAAAAAUAUUCCACGUUGUUGAAAACUGAAGAGACCAAAUCAAAUACACUAAUUGAAGAAUUAAAUAAAAAUUUAGAAAAUGCAUCGAACUUAAAAAAGAAAAUAAAUAAAAAUUUACCCAUCGAACAAAUCGAUGAAGUCGUGAAGGAAGUUAUGAAAUAUAAGGACGCAAUAGCAGAGCGCGAAGAUGAAAUGAAUACGUAUUUGAAGAAGUCCAAAGAGUAUAGGGAUAAUGCUUCUCUGUAUUACCGAAACGCAAGUAGUAGAAAGAAUAAGCUAGAAUAUUUGAAGAAAAGGGGGAAAGAUGAUGUAGAGCAGAUUGAUAUGGAUAAAGUAAAUGCGAGUGUGGAGCAAUGUAUGACUCUAGUAAAUAAGGCAGCGGAGAGUGAAGAAGUAAUAAGAAAACAUGGUGAAAGAUAUAUGGAAUAUGAAGGAAAAAUGAACAGUCUCAUAAAUGAAAUUUCCGUUUUGCAAAUAAGGACCAUAUAUGCAAAGAGGAAGGACGAGGCUAGCAAUAUUAUGGGAGAAAUUCAACAGUUGCAUACAGACAUGGGAAAAAAACUUAAGGAGUCUGAAGAAAAAUUAGCAAAGUGUAAGAGCGAAUCCUCAAUAGAUGAAAAAGCAUAUAUAUUGAAUAAUGAGAAAUCAAAGACAGCAUACAUGAACGUGAAAUUAAAUUUAGAAUUAAUCCAAUCUAAUUUAAGGCAGAUAAAAAAUGUAAAAGAGAGUAUGAAUAACAUUCUAGAAAAAUCGACUAAUUUAAAGAAUUCCAUAUUAGGAGCGUCUAUAAUUGAAAAUAAUAACUCUGUUGAUGUGCUGAAAAAGGAAGAAGUGCAUUACAUGCAGUAUUUGAAAAAUAUUGAAAAUGAGAAGAAGCGCAUGAUGGAUGAGAAGAGCAACGUGGAUGUUAUACAUGAUAAUGUCCUUAAAAUAGAAAAGGAAUUGGAGAAAAGUAAAAUUAAUUACGAAGAAGGCAUUUUGAAAUUAGCUAAGGAAAAGGCUGAUGAAAAGAAAAAACUUAUUGAGGCAAGUAUGGAGUCGUUAAAUUCGCAGGAGGCAUAUUUUACCGAAAUGUUUAAUGAAUCAUAUAUGCAGUUAUACAACAUAAAGGAAAAAUUUACAGGCUACAAAAAGAGCAUGAAAGAUUUGUAUGACGAGUUUGUCAAGUCGUACAAAGUAAUCGAAACUAAUGCUGGAAAAGUUGCAGAAGGGGUGGUAAAGUAUGAAGAAGCUAAGAUACUAAGGGAGGGAGCACAAAAGGAACAAAUAAAUAUAAACAAUAAGGAAGAAACUGCAAAAACGAAUUUGCAAAAAAUGAAACAGGAUGAAUUUAUGAACUUUCUAUUUCAUACAAGGGAAUAUGUGGAUAAAACUAGAAAAACGUGUGAAGAAGUAAAUACCAAAGUGGGCGAAGGACAUGGGGACAUUAAAAAAAUAAUUACAAGAAUUGGAAAAUUAGGAAAACAAGAAAAUAUAUUCGAUAUAUUAAAAAAAGUAGAGGAAAAAAAUAACAAAAUGAAAGAAAUUUCAAGGCAGUGUAAUACGAAUGAGGCAAAUAAUGCCUUUGGAAAGAUGAUAGAAGCGUCUAAUUUUAUGGGGAUAAAAAUAUUAAGAACCUUAGGAUCCGAGUUAAGCCCCGGGAUGGAACUAGAAAAGACUUCACAAACAAAUUCAACGUUAAAAUUUGAAUCGGAGGUAGAAAUAAAGCCUGAAAAUGAUGCCAAAUUAGAUGCCUACGUAAACCUGCAGACGACCUAUGGAUAUAUUCAAAAAAUAUUUAAUGAUUCAGAGGAGAUAGACAAGAAACAGGAAGAAAUGGAUGGGUGGUUAAGGGAAGUGAAAAAUAAAUGUCACGAUAUAAAAUCAUACAAUGAAUUAAAAAUUAAAAUUAACUAUACAAAAUAUAAAGGAAGUAAUGUCUUAAAUAAAAUUAAUGGUGCUUUUGGGAAGUAUGCUGAACUGGAAGCUAUCACGUGCAGCAUCGAGGACGAUAACAAAAUAAUAGACAACUCCGAAAUUACAAAAUUGAGGGAGUUGAGUGACACCUACAAUAGGAAGAAGAAGGACCAAGUAUUCAAAUCGCAGAUCAAUGAAGUAAAUGAAGAAUUUCAAGGUAUCAAAGGUAAUAUAGAUAAAUUAGGAGAACAAUUUGAAACAGUAGAAAAAUCAGAAUCACCAAGCGAAAAACGUAUCGAUGUGAACUCCGUAAUUCCAGAAAUUAGUGAAAAAUUAUAUAGCAUGAAUAGAAAAAUUAGAACAACUAUUACUAAUCUUAACGGGUUGCUAGAGGAGGGGAAGACAUGUGAGAAAUCGUUUUAUGCUUCCAUGAUAGCUGGUAUUAGUUCCCAAAUGUCGAAUGACUUAAUAUUAAUAAAUAACCAGAAGGAGGAAGCGGAGAAGUACGUAGAAUAUAUUAAGAAAAAUUCCAACUUAAUGAUUGAUGAUAUUGAUGAAUUAAAUAAAUACAUUGAUUCGAACAAGAUAAAUAAUUAUCAGUUGAAUAUUUUAGAAGAAGUAAUUAAAAGCGCUGCUGAUUUAAGCGAAAAUGAAAAAGAAGCAGCUGGAAUAGAUAACGAUAUAAAAAAAGAACUCGUAGACGUAAGUGGGGAUUUCGAAAUGAAUUCCUUAAAUAGCAGUAAAGCAAAAAUUAUGGAACAUUACAAGAAAAUGAAGGAUAAAAUAAAGAACAUUGACGAUAUUAGGAAAAAUAUAAAAUUGCUAAAAUUGAAAGAAAUGGAAAGUAGGUCAGAUAAAUAUUUAGAAAUAGCGGGAAAUUUUAAAAAUGUUUUAGAUAGUCAAAUAACAAGAUUGUUGGAUUAUGACGUGGUGCUACAAGAUAUGAAAAAAAAAUUAACGGAAAAUGAAGAGGAAUUGAAAGGUAUCAAUACUACAUACACACUACAGUCCAUCCAGAAGUUUAACAAUGUGUGUAACAAUAUUGAGACAAAUAUGCAAAAGAUACAUGAUGUAGAGGAAUCUAAUAACAAUGAAGAGAAACAAGUAAAUGCCUAUAUAGAAAAUAUUUCCCAUCUUAUAAGCAGAGGAAAAGGCUUGUUGACCGAUCUGGAUGAUUACGAUGCAAUAAGCAAUAGUGAAACGAAAGAAUUAACUGAUUAUACGACAAAAGAGUACAUUGAAAAUAUUAAGAGAAAAGUAAAUAAUGGCAUAGAAGAAUUUCAAAAUGUGUUGAAUCGCAUUGAGGAGAAUAAAUCGAAGAUAGAAUACAAUAAAAAUUUAAAUGAAGGCAUAUACGAAAUAUGGAAAAGAGCUAAUGCAAUCAAAGAAAACUUCUCUGAAAAUCUUCCAGAAAAUGAUAACUACUUUAAACUGGAGGAAUAUGUAAAGGAUAUAAAAAUAAUUCUGAACGAAAUAGAUGGAGAUGGCAAGAUAGAAGCAUAUAUCGAAAACAUUUCUCAGAGGAUUCAGGAACAAAUAAAACAUGCACAUAAUAAUGGUAAUAUAGAAUCUAUUUUAGAAGCCAAGAAAAAUAUUGAAUCCUAUAAUGAAGAGGCAAGGAAAAAAUUACAAUCUAUGAAGACUGCUCAUGAUGAAAUUUUAUUAAAGAAAAAAGACAUGGAUAAUAUAUUUAGUAUUAUAUCGGUAAGUAAGAAGAAUGGUGCGUAUAUAAAUGCGAAAGCAUAUAUUAAAGAGGUGGAUGAUUUAUUUGACAAGUUAAACGCGGAUAUACAUAAGUUGGAAACCUUCAUAAAUGAAACAAAAUUGAAAAUAAAUCUAUUAGAGGAAGAGGAAGUUAAGCUAAAAACUGAGAAUGCAGUUACUAGCAAUUUGAAUGAGCAGUCUGAGAACACUUCUCGUGAUGGGGACGAUGAACAGUUAAGUGAAGUCACACAGAAUCCAGAAAAUUCGGAAUAUUCUUCUACGAACUCAUUACAUAACGUGUAUGAAUUGGAAGAAAAUGAUCAAUAUGAUGCUAACCAUUUUGAUGAUAAUGCGAAAGAAGAAUCUGAUGAUGGAAGUUAUAAUUCGAGUGAAAAAAGCUCAGGGGAGGGUUUUAGAUAUGCUGCAGGAAUUACUGUAGCAUUUUUUAUUUGUUCAACUGCCGGAUACACAGUCUUUACAUAUAACAAUGAUGAAGUAGAGGAAGCUGAUUUCGAAAAAGACAGGGAGUACUUCGAGUACGAUAUAUAUUCUAAUAAACGAGAUGAAGAAGAAAUUAUUGAAGUUACCUUUGACGAAAGUAACGAAUAUAUAUGA